UUGCUCCAUUGUUGACUUAGAUUUAAAAGCUGCAACAAGUGGACUCGAACUUCAGCUCUUUAAAUUUAAUAAAAAGUGAAAAGUUUACGAACAUUUCAAUUUAUUAUUGAAUAAUACUUUUCUGUACUGAAAGUAAUACAAAAUCUCUCAUUAAGAAGAAAAUAUAUUGUGCUAGAAAACGGUUAACAAAAGAGAUUUCUUUUUUUUUUAAGAUAAAGAUUUGGUUUUAUUCCAAGUGGAGCCUGAGGUGUGCCUGAAAAAGAAAAUGACACAAAAAAAAUUUUUUAGCUGCGUUUUUGUUUUGUCAACAUUAUGCCUGGUAAACAUUUCACAAACGGAAAGCGCACCUAUGCCCAGGUACAGUCAAAGCAACAGUUAUUACAGCAAUGAGCUGGAGGAAGUACCGGAUGAUAUCCUAAUGGAGUUAAUAGCACGCUUUGGGCAAACAAUUAUGAGGGCUCGCAAUGAUCUAGAAAAUUCUAAGCGUACGGUAGAUUUCGGUUUGACUCGUGGCUAUCCCGGUUCUGCGGAAGCCCGGCAUCGCAUGGGUAUAGCUUCAGCCAAUUCGCCAGAAGGUCCCGGACGAAGACGACGUUCUGAAAUAGAAGUCUAAGUAAAUACUUAUCAACGCAAUGGUAACAAAACGAAUGAGUAAAAGCUAAAGAAGAAACACGUCCCGAAAAUGCAAAAAAAAAAAAAAAAAAAUUAAAUAAAUUUAAUUUAAAUUUGAUGUACAUACGCAAUUGUAAUGCUGUCUAAUUUUUUAUCAGAGAGAUUCUUGUUUGACAUAAUUUAUAUAAACAUAUAUAUAUAUAAAUAUAUACACAUAAAUGUAUAUAUAUAUAUAUAC